AUGGCCGACUUCAUUGCUCCUCCUCCCGGUCCUCCCCCGCCCAAGGUUCCUGAGGGCUGGGUGGCACGAUGGAACGAUCAGUAUAAAGAAUGGUUCUACGUCAACACCUACACCAAAAAAUCGCAAUGGGAGAAACCCACUGAGCCCGCCGUCCCUCCCCGCGAUGAAUCCGCCCCUGCCGGCCCCCCUCCCUCGUACUCGGCCGGCGACAGCAAACAUGCUCCAUCCGACAGCAAGUCCAGCCACAGCAACAACCCCUACGACAACCCGGCCAACCGCAGCGACGCCUCUCACUCGUACGAAGACGAAGACGCCCGUCUAGCCCGCCAGCUCCAAGCCGAAGAGGACGCUCGCGCCGCCGCGGCCGCUAACCAGCGCGCUCAUACCCCAUCCGGUGGUCAACAGUCGCCGUUCCCUUCGCAACUACCGCCUCGUCCUGAUGCCAACGACCGCGGCAGCGGAUCUAAGGGGUCCUUCCUCGGCAAGAUCUUUGGCGCGGCGGGUAAGGUUAAACCCUCCGGCUCUUCGUCUCACGGCUACGGCGGCGGCGGUUACCCAGCUCAGGGCCAUUCGCCCGCUCCGUACGCCCAGCAGCAGCAGCCGAUGUACGCCCAGCAGCAGGGACCACCUCAGGGUGGAUAUGGAGGAUAUCCCCCUCAACAAGGAUACGCUCCCCAGCAAGGCUAUUACCAGCAGCAACAGGCCUACGGCCGUCCCGCUAGGAGCGGUGGCGGCGGCGGCAUGGGCAUGAUGGGCGGUGCGGCGCUGGGUUUGGGCGCGGGUGUUCUGGGUGGCGCACUGAUUGCUGAUGCGGUCAAUGACCACGAUCAGGAGAUUUAUCAGGAUGGGUAUAAUGACGGCAAUGACGGUGGUGAUAUGGACUUUGGCGGCGAUGACUUCUAA